CUCCCACCAUGCCCAGCAAGUGUCCAGACCUCCUGUGCAUUCUGAUGUCCAUAACUUAUAAUCAGGUUAUGUGAUCAUACUUAGCAGCAGUUUAGAUAUUUAAACAGGUAAUGGUUAAUCACCUUUAGAAUGGCAGUCAAUUUGUGCUCAAUGACACCACUUCCUUUCCUUGUUAUGCUCCUGCUCACCAUUUUACGUAUGCUCCACUUUGUUCUUGUUACAGAUAAAGAAGCUAUUCUACUGGCCCAAACAGCUCAAAAUGUUCUCUGCUUUUCUCGAACCUUUGAGGAUCUCACCUGUUUCUGGGAUGAGCCAGCCCAUGUGAAAGGAGCAUAUCGAUUCUUCUAUACAUACGAAGGAGACAAAAGCCGAGAAUGUGCUCUAAUCUCUACGAAAAAUAUAGAUGGAAGUUGGCGCCACAUCUGCACUUUUCCUGGAAACUAUUAUGGCAUACAACUCUUUAUUGAACUCAAUAUUGAAGUGUUGGAUAGUGUUAGUAAUCACACCAUAUUCUCACAGUAUCUCAGAGUGAACACUGUUGGUCUCAUUGCUCCACCAACAAAUAUAACAGUUGAGUGGCCAGGGAUUGCACAACAGUUGCUUGUAAAUUGGAUGCCUCCAUCUAUCAGCUAUGCAGACUUCUUGAUUUAUGAAGUUCUUUAUGGUGUUGAGGAUUCGAUUCAGGCACCAUUCAGGAUUGAAGUGAAAAACAGCUAUAUGUGCCAGCUCAAGAAUUUACUUCCAGGACAGCAAUACCACAUCCAAGUUCGCUCCAAACCUGAUGGCCUCUCUCUUGAUGGCAUCUGGGGACCCUGGUCUCCAGCAGCGACAGCAGGAACACCCCAUCUUUCUGAUUCAGUGAUUAUGAUCGUGGCUAUUGCACUCUUGCUGUGUGCAGGACUUGUGCUGGGACUAGGCUUCACCUGCCUUUCCAACUACAGUAGUGUGAAACAAAAGCUCUGGCCACGCAUCCCAGACCUACACCGUGUCCUAGAUGGAUUCUUCCAGGAUAAUGGCAAGCAGCAGCAGCAGCAGGUAAAUGCUUUAUUUUGCAACAAAAUGUUGGAGGAUGUGCCUUUGACUUGCUUGUUGGAAGUACUAUCUGAGAAACCCCUGGAAACACGAAGCUUUGAUCCUUUGCUAGAUAUGAGUUUGGCAGAACAGACAGAAUGGGGCAGCCAACCUUCUUCCCAUCAGCACUACAUGGUGCUGAGUUCUAACAAUCCCCAAAGCAGCCACCAUGAAAAUGAAUACUUUGAUGACACAAAUGAUAAUGGAAACGCUUUCCCACAGACUUUGGAACAUGAUCUACACGUAACAUCAGAGCCAAUGACCCAAAUAAUUCCAUUCACCUUGUUGAAUGUACCAUCAGAGAUUAAAGAAGAAAGAAGGCAGGAAAUUUCUGAUGACCAAGCCACAUCUGUCACUGACAUUUCAAACCAGACAUAUUUGCUAAUGGGCUGAUUUGUGUCUAUCAUUAGAGGGCAGCACUAUGAGAAAUUAUUAGGCCCUUUGGAAGUUUAUAAUACAAUACAAGCAAUUUUCAAUUAUAAGGCAGCUGUUUAGCCAGUACUCCUCAAAUCUGUUUCUUGUGGACCAAUUGAAUUUAGCAGCUUAUUGUACUAGAGCAGAUUGGGUGAUUUUUCAUGGCCAAAAAGUACC